AUGAACAGUCGACCAACUUUCAAUCCCCGAGAUGACUUCAAAAUUAAGGACACAAAACCGCGGCUAGGGGAGCAGUGGCCACAUGGAGGAGUUCGAGGUGGGGGAGGUUGGAUCAGCAGUGACAGAGUCACAAGCACUUAUGACCUAGUUGAACAAAUGUAUUUUCUUUAUGUUCGAGUUGUUAAAGCAAGAGACCUGCCAACAAAUCCUGUGACGGGAAGCUGUGAUCCAUAUGUAGAGGUGAAACUCGGGAAUUACAAAGGCAAAACACAGCACUUUGAGAAGAAAACAAACCCUGAGUGGAACCAAGUCUUUGCAUUCUCAAAAGAGAAGAUUCAAUCAUCAGUUCUUGAAGUUUUUGUCAGAGACAGAGAGAUCGCAGCAAGAGAUGAUUAUCUUGGGAAGGUUGUUUUUGAAAUGGAUGAAGUUCCUAUUAGGGUUCCACCAGAUAGCCCGUUGGCACCUCAGUGGUACAGACUAGAAGAUCGUCCAGGAGAAAGAAAGGUGAAAGGAGAGGUUAUGCUAGCAGUUUGGAUGGGAACGCAAGCUGAUGAAGCUUUUCCAGAAGCUUGGCACUCAGAUGCUGCUUCGGUUCAUGGAGAAGGUGUCUUCAGUGUCAGAUCAAAGGUGUAUGUUUCACCUAAACUGUGGUACCUCAGAGUCAAUGUUAUAGAAGCACAAGAUGUCGAAUCUCAAGACAAAAGCCAACUUCCUCAGGUUUUUGUAAAAGCCCAACUUGGAAAUCAGAUACUUAAGACCAAACUAUGCCCUACACAAACAACCAAUCCUUUCUGGAAUGAAGACCUAAUCUUUGUAGUGGCUGAGCCUUUUGAAGAGCAUUUAGUGCUCACAGUUGAAAACAAAGUGAACCCUUUAAAGGAUGAACUUGUUGGGAGAUUAAGCUUGCCAUUACACAUAUUCGAGAGACGAUUGGAUCAUCGACCAGUUCAUUCUCGCUGGUUCGACCUUGAAAAGUUUGGUUUCGAAGUUUUAGAGGGAGAUAGAAGAAAGGAACUCAAAUUUUCAACAAAAAUUCAUCUCAGAGCUUGUCUAGAGGGUGGUUACCACGUGCUAGAUGAAUCAACCAUGUACAUCAGUGAUCAACGGCCAACUGCUAGGCAAUUGUGGAAGCAGCCAAUUGGGAUCCUUGAAGUUGGCUUCUUAAGUGCACGAGGGCUUCUACCAAUGAAAACUAAGGAUGGCCGAGGGAGAACAGAUGCUUAUUGCGUGGCUAGAUAUGGGCAAAAGUGGGUAAGAACCAGAACAGUUGUUGAAAGCUUCAGCCCCAAAUGGAAUGAGCAAUACACAUGGGAGGUUUAUGAUCCUUGCACAGUGAUCACAUUGGGAGUUUUUGAUAAUUGCCACUUGGGAGGGAACGAGAAACCACCAGCUGGAAGUGGACCUGGAAGGGACUUGAGGAUUGGGAAGGUAAGAAUCAGGCUAUCAACACUAGAAACUGACCGUAUUUAUACUCAUUCAUAUCCACUUAUUGUCCUCCAACCAACUGGUGUGAAGAAAGUCGGUGAACUCCAACUAGCAUUUCGAUUCACGUCUCUAUCUCUCACACACAUGAUAUAUCUUUACAGCCGUCCUUUGCUGCCAAAAAUGCAUUAUCUGAAUCCUUUCACUGUAAGACAAUUAGAUAGUUUGAGAUAUCAGGCGAUGAACAUUGUAGGAUCAAGGCUUGGGCGAGCUGAACCUCCUCUGAGGAAAGAGGUUGUAGAAUACAUGCUUGAUGUAGAUUCCCACAUGUGGAGCAUGAGAAGAAGCAAAGCUAACUUUUUCAGAAUCGUUACAGUCUUGUCCGGGAUGAUCUCCAUGAGCAAGUGGCUUGGUGAUGUCUGUCAAUGGAAGAACCCCAUCACUACUAUUCUAGUCCAUGUCCUCUUUUGCAUAUUGAUCUGCUAUCCAGAAUUAAUCCUCCCAACCGUGUUUCUUUACAUGUUUCUGAUAGGCAUAUGGAAUUACUGGUUCAGGCCCAGGCAUCCUCCACACAUGGACAUCAAACUUUCUUGGGCAGAAGCAGUUCACCCAGAUGAGCUAGAUGAAGAGUUCGACACUUUCCCCACAUCCAGGCCUCAAGAUGUAGUACGAAUGAGGUAUGAUAGACUUAGAAGUGCGGUGGGAAGAAUCCAAACAGUAGCAGGAGACAUGGCAACCCAGGGGGAGAGGUUUCAUGCUCUGCUCAGCUGGAGAGAUCCUAGAGCAACCAGCGUCUUCAUAGUUUUCUGCCUAUGUGUGGCAGUUAUUCUUUAUGUGACACCUUUCAAAAUAAUAACAAUGUUAACAGGCUUGUAUCUACUAAGGCAUCCAAGAUUUAGGAGCAAACUGCCUUCAGCACCCAUCAAUUUCUUCCGCCGUUUGCCAGCUCGAGCUGAUAGCAUGCUCUGA